AUGACGUUCGAUGAUCGUGAACAGCUUGCUUUUGUAGAGGACAAACAUGAGGAGACUGAGACAAGAUCCUUGUGGAACGCCAUAGUUUACCUCAAACCUUUCCGAUGUUCCGCCGUGAAUAGAUAUGGAUUGGAAUCUGUGGUGCAAGUAGCACUUGAACCAGAAGUGCGCAUGUCCCGAGAUGCCAAAGUGGGUGUGUAGACGGUCGAGUAGAAUCGCGUGGUCGACGGUACCAAAGGCUGUACUGAGGUCAUGUACUACCAGGAGAGUGACUUGCUGCCGGUUCAUAUUGAGCAAGAUGUCAUUGGUGACCCACAGUAGUGGGGUUUUGGUGCUAUGAAAUUCAUGGUACGAGGACGGGGUUUAGAAUAGAGCUCAAGCAGGGUUAGAUAGUCAUGAGUUGACUGAAAACAGCUGGCUCAGCUAGUUUAGAUACAAACGAAAGGUUACUGAUUGAUCAUAGGUUGUUAAAUUUCACCUCGGCUCUCGGUUUCUUUAGCUUUGGGUGAACGUCGGCUUGUUUUCACUUGUCAGGGAAACAACCAGAUUCUAAGGACAGAUUUAACAUCCUGGUGAGCACUGGCAAGAGCACAUCAAGCCACUCAAUGACUAGGGGCAUGGGCAUGGGAUCCAAGGAGCAAGACUUCUUACUUGAUUUAGCGAUUAAGCGCAUGACAUCAUCACUUAGAGCAGAAAAUGAGUCAAAGAGAGCCAAGCACAUAGAGGCUGACUGUGGAUUAGAACAAGUGGCAAGUUCAGUGCAAAUGCGUUUGAUCUUCUGCACAAAGAAGUUCCCGAUGUCAAUCGCUAAUAUCCUUACUCCUCCGAAGUUCAAGCUGAAACUGGUAGGCGCAGGUUUUGUGUUUUCACCACUAAGAAAGUGCACACUGUGGAAAUCGGCGAAAGGACUGUGCAGCAGAAAGAGCCAUAUCCUUGACAAGGCUCAUCAACAUGUUUCUACUCACAGAAUGGACACC